AUGAAUCCACACUCUGACAAACACACUAAUACUGUGGAGCAGGGAGCACACACCACGGAGCACACCAUGGGCACCAAGCACACACCACAGGCACCAAGCACACACCACGGAGCACACCAUGGGCACCAAGCACACACCACAGGCACCAAGCACACACCACGGAGCACACCAUGGGCACCAAGCACACACCACGGAGCACACCAUGGGCACCAAGCACACACCACGGAGCACACCGUGGGCACCAAGCACACACCACGGAGCACACCACGGGCACCAAGCACACACCACGGAGCACACCACGGGCACCAAGCACACACCACGGAGCACACCACGGGCACCAAGCACACACCACGGAGCACACCACGGGCACCAAGCACACACCACGGGCACCAAGCACACACAAUGGAGCACACCAUGGGCACCAAGCACACACCACGGAGCACACCAUGGGCACCAAGCACACACCAUAGACCACACCACGGGCACCAAGCACACACCACGGGCACCAAGCACACACCAUGGAGCACACCAUGGGCACCAAGCACACACCACGGAGCACACCAUGGGCACCAAGCACACACCAUAGACCACACCACGGGCACCAAGCACACACCACGGGCACCAAGCACACACCACGGAGCACACCACGGGCACCAAGCACACACCACGGGCACCAAGCACACACCACGGGCACCAAGCACACACCACGGGCACCAAGCACACACCACGGGCACCAAGCACACACCAUGGAGCACACCACGGGCACCAAGCACACACCACGGACCACACCACGGGCACCAAGCACACACCACGGAGCACACCACGGAGCACACCACGGAGCACACCACGGGCACCAAGCACACACCACAGGCACCAAGCCAACAACACGUGGCACUAUGCUCUGCAGUAACACAGUGUGGACAAGAAACUACAACCUACCCAGAUAAGACAGGGUGA